GUUGAAACGUCAGGUCAAUGGCGCCAAUAUGACAAAGAAACUGCCCUUGAACGAACGGUUGAACAGGAAGCCGAUAUCCAGAGCAUGCAAGUUCUGCCACCAGAAGCAUCUACAGUGCGACCAAGGACGGCCUUGUAAGAAUUGUACUAAAAGAGGUAUAGCUCAUGAGUGUCAAGACGUGGAAAGGAAAAGAGCCAAGUAUCUUUCAGAUGAACAAUCCAAAGGUGAAAAAUCAACAAGAAAGAGGAAUCAUUCUUCAUCUUCAUCCUCAGAGACACCAGAUGUUACUUCAAGAAGAACUUCAUCAGUCGCUGUGAAUGAUGCCAAAUUCCAACCAAUACUACCAAAUGUUGGUGAUACCAACCAUAAGUCAUUGUUCCCCAAUACUACAUCACCUCCAAUGAAAACUAACACCUCAACAACAACAAUUGAUCCAACACGAAGCACAGCAUCUCCACAAAUAACGCGACUCAUUAAUGAAUCACAUUCUGAUUCACCUCAUCAACAAGAUGUAUUCUCAUCAUUGUUUGCCAAUCAAGAAUAUACCCAAUUGACAGACAUUCUGGAUAAAGAAGGAGGGGCAGAAACCCCUGCAAGCUCAGGAAGUAAUGCUCCUGUUUAUAACACUGAGUUUCAAACCUCGUUCCAAUCAGAUAACAACACAAGACCUUAUAUUUCCCUAAGUGAUAAUUCUACAGGGACAGGCUCAAUCCAUCAUCUACCACUAGUUGAUUCAAAUGAUCGAGAUUACACAUCACCUUUGAUAAUCAGACAUAUGAUUAAAAUUCCUGAGGAUGUUUAUACAACACAAAUUCAAUCUUAUAAUUAUCCCAAGGCAUAUCAUGCCCUACUAAACUAUUUGAAAACGAGGUUUACUAAAGAACAACUGAUCAAGAUUGCAGAAUUCAUGGCUGAUUAUAGACCAAGUUUCAUUGCAGCUACAAGAUCUUUAGUAGAGAUGGAUCUAUUAUUUGCCGAAAGAUCAUUUCAAAGAUCCUUAUUAGAAUAUGAAUCAAUGUCGAGUCUAAGUUCAUCACCAACAAUUAUGUGGAGAAGAACAGGUGAAAUAGUUGCAGUUAGCACUGAGUUUUCUUCAUUAACUUCUCAUACAAAGACUCAACUCUUAUCGAAAAGAACAUUUAUCAUUGAGUUGAUGAAUGAUUCUUCUGCAUUAGACUAUUUCAAACUGUUUAGUUCGGUGGCAUUUGGUGAUUUGAAUGGUGUUAUAAUCACAGAAUGUACAUUAUUGAGCCCCAAUGGUGAACCUAUUAGAUGUGCAUCAACUUGGACCGUUAAAAGAGAUGUGUUUGACAUACCGAUGUUGAUUGUUGGGCAAUUUUUACCUAUUUUGCAAGUAAGAUGA